AAGGCAUCUAGUGAAACUGAAAAGAGAGCAUUAUAAUAUGGCCUCAACGACAAGUACAUCCAACUCAGGUGCGCUCCCAGGAGGUCCAUUCUCAGGUCCACGCACCUCUCCGAAGAUGCAGGACCGCUCACGACUCGUAGAAGAUGUAUCCGCAUAAGUACAACUUACGCUUUUUUAGACCACGCGCCAUAAAUGAGAAGACGGAUCUUCACUUCGAUCCGAGACGAUCGAGCCAUCGGAACCGGAACUUUCGCUAGGGUGUACAUAAUUGCCAGGUCUAAGAACUUGAGUGAUGUAGUCGAUGCAGCCACAAGUACCAGGAGUAAGACCAGCUGCAACAACACGGUUGUACCGAGUACUGCUGUUGUUCCCGCCGUUUUGUCGUCCUCUAGCAAGAGGAAGAAGCUACCGCCCGAACGUUAUUUCACGCGUUCCAGUCUCCAACCAAUUUGUUUCUGCUGAUGGAAUAUUGCGUGAGCGGCAC